AUGGAGACGGUGUUGAGAAACGGUCUGUGGGCUUUCGCGGAACGUAUGGUGGUUCUGCAACGUUGGACACCGUACAUGAUGCCGGAUAUGUUGAACUUUAUCCCAUUCUGGAUCCAAAUUCGGGGAAUUCCUCUCCAGUUUAUGAACCAGGAUGUGAUAGCUCACAUAGGCCGUGCGAUGGGGCUACUGAUGGAUGUCGAUUACAAUGCAGAGGCGAUUGCUAGGGGAAUCAACACGCUGCUGAAGUUUCGCUAUGAGCGGUUGAGAGGCUUUUGCGAGGUGUGUGGUAUGCUCUCACACGACUCUGGGGCGUGUCUGAUCCGAAAUGGGGGCCCUGAUCCCCACUCUGAUGAUGAGAAUGAAGAACCCGACCACAGCGACAGUGAGGAGCAUGAUCGUAGAGGCUUACCAAAUGGUGGUAUGGGUUUGGAGAUUCUACCUCACAAUGCAGGUGUGGUGGCUAAUGGUAAUCCGGGACCUGUCGGAGCCAGAAUUGAGGAGAUUGUGGAGGAAGAUGAAGUGGCUCCCGAUGGAGAAGAAAGUGAAGAUGUUGAGAGUUUCCAUAGUGAAGAGAUGGAUUCCGAUGGGUGUUUUCCGGGAGAGAUGAAGACGGAUGAAGCAGAAGAGCGUGAUGCAAAAGAGAAGGAACUCCGCAAUGCUGUUACUCCCGUUCAAGAGAGUCUCAAACGAAAAUUUGAGGAUGACCCGAAGAGUGGUGAAGAGAGCUUUACGAGGAUGGAAAGAGGUCAGAGUAGUGGUGUUGUCAAGAAGAGGGCAGCGAACAAGGAAGGUGUGUGUGGCGAGGUGGGCCCUGAACCACCACUGGCGCCAUGA